CUUUGCGCUCCGCCCCCCCUAGCUCUGCCCCCCGCCUCCCGGGUCCCCCGCCUCUUCUCCCUCGGUUACAGCUGCUGCGCUCUUGGCCGGAUUCCUUGUCUGCUUGGUCCUUGCCUGGUCGCGAUCUUCUCCUUCUAUUUCCCGAGACCAAUCCAGGUUCAAUCCCGCCGGGGCUCUGUCCAGGUGGGCUGCCCGCGCUCUUGCUCCUGACGUCCUGAAUCCUUUUUCCUCAUUCCGCCGACUCCAAGCCUCAGGUUCGCCUACCGAACGAAGGAGAGCAGCAUGGAGGAGGAGUGCAGGGUUCUGUCCAUCCAGAGUCACGUCGUCCGAGGCUAUGUGGGCAAUCGAGCGGCUACUUUUCCUUUGCAAGUUUUGGGAUUUGAAAUUGACACAGUGAAUUCGGUCCAGUUUUCAAAUCAUACAGGUUAUCCAAACUGGAAAGGUCAAGUGUUAAAUUCAAAUGAACUCCAUGAGCUGUAUGAAGGCCUGAAGCUGAACAACGUAAAUAAGUAUGACUAUGUUCUCACAGGUUAUACAAGAGAUAAAUCAUUCCUUGCAAUGGUAGUCGACAUAAUCAGAGAACUGAAGCAGCAGAAUUCCAAGUUGGUGUAUGUGUGUGAUCCGGUGAUGGGGGACAAAUGGAAUGGAGAAGGCUCCAUGUAUGUUCCAGAAGAUCUCCUUCCAGUUUACAAGGAAAAAGUCGUGCCUGUAGCAGAUAUAAUAACUCCAAACCAGUUUGAGGCUGAGUUACUUACUGGAAAAAAGAUUUAUACACAAGAAGAAGCAUUAGAGGUAAUGGAUAUUCUUCAUUCUAUGGGACCAGAGACUGUAGUGAUCACCAGUUCUGACUUGCCAGCUUCUUCAGGCAACAACUACCUGAUUGCUCUUGGAAGCCAGAGAAAGCAAAGACCAGAUGGCACAAAAGUGACAGAAAGAAUCAAAGUGGAAAUUCAGAAAGUGGAUGCCGUUUUUGUGGGAACAGGAGACUUGUUUGCUGCCAUGCUCCUGGCUUGGACACAUAAGCAUCCAAAUAAUUUCAAGGUGGCAUGUGAAAAAACUGUAUCAGCCAUGCAUCAUGUUCUGCAGAGGACUAUUGAAUGCGCUAAAGCACAAGCUGGGAAAGGGAAGAAGCCCAGUCCAGCACAACUGGAACUGAGAAUGGUCCAAAGCAAAAUGGAUAUAGAGAAUCCAGAGAUAAUAGUAGAAGCUACUGUGUUAUAGAAAAUAUGACCAUGUCACUCAGUAACGCACAAUGUAUUGAUGUCUUUGUUUCCCUUGCUGUAAAAAUUGUAAUGUCUGCCUGAAAGAUGUGACUUAAACUUGAUAAUUUUUUUCUCUCACAAAAUAGUGUCAAGUAUCAGCAGAUCUCUUGUUGUAAAAAAUAUGUGGUGGCUAUAUUUGGAUUUUAUUUCCAUGUUCAGAUUUCCCCUCAAAAUGCAAUUCCCUUCACUAUCUAGUGCCCUAGACAGUAUCACAAGAAUGUCUAUUUUAAAAUCCUUUUAGAUUUAGUCUGGAGGAUGAGUACUGGAAGACUGGAAUUCCUUAGAGAAAGGCAGGUAGUAUAUACAACAAUGCCGAUGGAAUUGACUACCUACUGUUUCUGACCUGAACAAUUUGAGGUCCUUGAACACAUUAGAUUUUUUUAAAAAAAAUUCUAGUAAUCCUUUAUUUUAUUUUUCUUCCAUGACUUACUUUGGACUUCACAGAAGACAAAGCAUUGGGGGCAGCAGAGUUUCUAAUAACUGCCAUUUACCUCUUCCUUUGUUUCUGCUGUAGAGAUAAAGGCAAAUCUCUUUGCUUUUAUCUUUAUUUUUUAAAAAACCCUUCUCUUAAAUUUCUGGGGCAGGAAGAUGUUUUUUUCAAGAUUAAGAAACGAAGCCAGCUAACUGUUGGGCCAGGACCCAAUAAGUAGCUGCCUACACAUAAUUACUUGCUGGUGCCAGUUUGCUUGGAGUUUCUUUGUCAAUACAUGAAAACAAAUUCUAACAGAGAAUUUGUACUGUUUGACUUUUUAAUCAUGAGCAUCUUUAUCUAAGAAUAUUCAGAUGGAGGGCAUAAGACACUGAAGAGUGUAGCAAGGAUCACAAACUAUUGAAAUAUUUGUGGGUGUUUUUUUUCCCCUGGAAAACUACUUUUUCUUAGUUAACUUAUGUGACCAUUUCAUAGUAUGCUGUCAAAUACACUAUAAUUACAAUGUAGCACUACUGCCAGAUAGUCACAAGUCUUUGUUCUACUUUCCACAUUCCUGUCAAAAGAACUUAGAAUCAGGAGGCUUUAAGACCAGCUACUAUAUCUGUCCUUAGACAAAAGGUCUCUUCUCAAAACCAGCAGCAGAACUUCAGCAGUUUGUUCUUCCCUUGUGGUGACAUCUCUUUGUUUGAGAAGUCAUCCAUAGGUCUGCUUCCUUGUUUGUCGGGAAUCAUGGCUAUGAACUUACUGGAGAAAAAUUCUGCCCUCCCUAAUCCUCUCAUCUGAGAAGGAUGACUGAUCUCAUUAUCUUGCCUAGAUUUAGAAGGUACUAUUAGAGUUAAGGUGAAUAGCAUUCUAGGUGAAUUAUAUAUUCUUAUUAACACCUUUGACUUGUAUCACCUGCUUAGCUUUCACCACCUACUUGUUGCAAGUCACUCACUCUCCUUUUGUCUGUGGAGUAAUCCUUUGUAUAAUUUAUAAUUGAAUCUUAUCACUUGACUUCUAAAGAAGUUGAGUAGUCUAUGAAAUAAGGAUUUGUAACCAAGCUAUCAGGACCAUUUUGGGGUAUAUUUUGAUGAGUGAUGUUUCAGGAUGUGAGUAUUGAUGAAAGGAGAACCAAAUGUUUUCACAUCACCUGACCUAACACGAAUAAAAA